AUGGAAAGCCUAGGAAUGCCGUCCCACUGGAUCUGGCGGCCUGUUGUGGUGUUAGUCGCGUUUGCCGUUGCCCACUAUCUCUUCGCUGGUCUGUUACUCCAAUACAACCGCUUCGCCAUUGAUGUUGCUCAAGCACGAAAAUCUGAAGGAGGCGCAACUGGUGGGAAGUCUAAGCUCGCUAUCCGCCCAACAGAAGAAACGCGCAAAGUGACAAUAUCGCUUGACAAUUACGGUUUGGAUAUUCGAAAGAGACAAAACCCCUGGGAAACCGCGAGCAUACUACGGAUCCUGAGACCCAUUACGGCUGAGUUUCAGUCGGGAGAGCUAAACAUUAUCAUGGGCCCAUCUGGAAGCGGCAAAACAUCGCUACUCAACUCCAUAGCCCACAGGUUGCAAGGUUCCGCAGGGACACAGUACCGCGUCCAUGGUAACAUGCUAUACAACGGCGCCGUACCCUCAGAGAGUGUGGUCCGCUCAGUGACAUCCUUCGUAACACAAGACGACGACGCACUGAUGCCCUCACUGACCGUCCGCGAGAGUCUACGAUUCGCGGCAGGUCUACGCCUCCCAACCUGGAUGACACGCGAAGAAAAGAACCGACGCGCAGAAGAGAUCCUCUUUAAAAUGGGACUGAAGGAAUGCGCCGACAAUCUCAUCGGCAGCGACCUCAUCAAAGGCAUUAGCGGCGGCGAGAAGCGGCGCGUAACAAUCGCAAUACAAAUCCUCACAGACCCCAAAGUCCUCCUCCUCGACGAACCAACCUCUGGCCUCGACGCCUUCACAGCAAUGUCCAUAAUCGAACUCCUUCACAGCCUCGCCGCCGAAGGCCGCACUCUAAUCCUUACCCUCCACCAAUCCCGAUCAGACCUCUUCAUCCACUUCUCCCAAGUCCUCCUCCUAGCGCGCGGCGGCUACCCCGUCUACGCAGGCCCUGGAACGAACAUGCUCGCGCACUUCGCCAAGCAGGGCCAUGAAUGUCCGCGCACAACCAACCCAGCAGACUUUGUCCUGGAUCUCAUUACGGUUGAUCUCCAGCAAGCAGACCGUGAAGUCGUCACGCGUCAGCGUGUGAAGGGCCUUAUUUCUUUCUGGCAAGAUAACCCUCUGGAGCUAGGGCUAGACCGGCAGACAUCGCAGAUUGCCACACCUGCAGAACUAGGGAGUCUCAAGCGCCAGAUGCUUCCAUUCCGAGUGACGUUCCCACUGGUAUUGCACCGCUCUGUGGUCAACUUCUGGCGCCAGCCGCCGUUGGUUAUGGCGCGGUCGAUGCAGAUUCCAGGGAUCGCGAUUAUCAUGGCACUUUUCUUUGCGCCGCUGAAGAAUGAUUAUGCAGCUGUGCAAUCACGUAUGGGGUUCAUUCAGGAGUUUGCAGCGUUGUACUUUGUCGGCAUGCUUCAAAAUAUCGCAAUCUACCCCAGCGAACGCGACGUCUUCUACCGCGAAGAAGCAGACAACUGCUACACUGCAUCAACAUUCAUCCUCAGCUACACGGCAAUCGAGAUUCCGUUCGAAAUAGUCGCAUCACUAAUCUUCGGCGCGUUAGCCGCUUUCGCAGACAACCUACAACGCACCGUAACGAUGUUCCUCAUCAGUGCGUUCAACUGUUUCUGCAUAAUCAGCUGCGGCGAGUCCGUGGGUAUAAUGUUCUGCACGCUGUUCUCCCACGUUGGCUUCGCCGUCAAUGUGACGUCUACCCUACUCUCCAUCUCGACCAUCCUCGGCGGCGUCAUGAGCCUCAAUGUCAACAAUGUGCUGCAGGGGUUGAAUCAUCUCUCGCCGAUUAAGUAUGCCAUUGCUAAUCUGGCACCGUAUUCAAUGCAUGGUCAGGUGUUUCAUUGCUCUGAUGCUCAGAGGCUGGCUGAUGGGAGUUGUCCUGUUGAUUCUGGCGAGCAGGUGCUUAAGCUUUACAAUCUGGAUACCAGUGGGCCGAUGAAUAUCAUGGCGUUGGGUGUUUGCACGAUCAUAUAUCGGGUUGUUGCUUAUGCGUUUAUCAAGGCUAUGAGAUCGCAUAAGCUCAUGGAGUGGUGGAGGGAGUGGCUGGCUCAGAGGAAGGCUAGAUAG